AUGCAGCUUCGCGAUGGGAAACUCUCCGCCUUCUUGGUUGAAAGUCUCAAAUCUGAAAAUCGCAUGCGCAACCAAUUUAAUCGUACCCAGCAGCAGCAAUCGUCUUAUCCAUCCUCACCUUCUUAUUCUUCUGUUCCAAUAUCCGGCACGUGUGACAAAGCAAUAAAAGUGAACACGGAACCCACAGAAGUGACUAUUUUGCGUUCUGAUAGUGGAUCGAGUGGCAGGCUAACUCAGGUAUAG